UCACGGUCGAAUAUAGCUCCCCGUUCCUGAGCUUAUCACCCUCUCCCUUUCUUUGAGAAAUAUAAUCAUUAAAUCAAUAAAGACAGGUGACAGUUUUUUUUUUCUUGUGACUUCCCUUUGUGACCCAGACACAAAGAAAAGGGAAGAGAAAGAGAGAGAGAGAGAGAGAGAGAGAGAGAGAGAGAAAGAGAAGAGAGGAAGCUGUUGACUGCAUGCAUGAACAUUUUUACCACUGCAACAUUUCUAUUUCAACAUCCUAUUUUUCUUUUUAUUACUGUGUUUUUUCACAACUGCCGGAAGGGAACACACUCAUUUUGUCCAUCAUUGCUGUAUUAUCACCCUCUCUCUCUGUACUCUGUUCACUUAAACAAAGAGGAAGCCUAGAGAAAGCGAACAGCACAUAAGAGGAAGAGAAGGGUUGUGACUUUCUGGCUGGCAUGCGAGUUUACUCCAGAAGCUUAUAGAGGACACAGGAAAAUUGCAGAAAGAAGACAGGAGGGAACAUUUAAAUGUAAACACUAGAGAGCCAAUUCACUGUUGAAUCUGGACUGGAUUAGACAGCAAAAAGCGGAAUGACACCAGCAGAACACGAGGACAUCUACAAAUUGAUAAGGCUAUAGAUAAAGGUGUUACCGCAUAUGACUACACCCAAUAUCUUAGCUCUGUAUUGCAUAAUGGUCUGAGACUCAACAAGAGUGGUAAUAUAGAGGCAACAGAUGCAGCAUCAUCCCAAAUGGAUGCAUAAGGACAAAACUGUACAAAAACAGUCGAAAACAUAAAUAUGAAGUGCAAUUAUACACUAUGAAGGUAGCCAGAAUGAUACAUCAAACCAGCUAAUAAUCUUAAUUUCUUCAAACAGACUAGGAAUAAAUAACUGUACUGUGGCUUCUAGGACCAUCACAAAACUUUGAAAUAGCCAGCCAUUCAAUACAAACUUGAAGAACAACAUAACAUAUCAUUAUUUCUACCAUUUACAAUUGCUAUUAAAAUUGGCUUCAGUCUCUGGCAAGCUGUGAAACAUUUUUUAUCAUCUCAUUUUCAAGUACAUACUUUCAAAAGAUAAUAUUUCUUUCAGAAUAAAAAUUAAAGAAACCAAUAAUCCCAGUAUUCACAGAGAUCAGGUAGGAGGAAUCAGCUUUUAGCUGUCAUCUACUUCUCCUGGAUUCACCAUUAACAUUGACAAUCACCAUGUCAGUGCUAGUACUGACCUUCCUCAUACACUCCCUCACAUGCUCUCCUCUCUUUGCCCAAACAUACUUGCCCUCCUCAGACUAUGAUUUGAACAUGACCACAGAAACGUCAGAAGAUGUAACACGUGGCAUGGGUUCUCCAAAUUUUAGUAUGUUCACUCCUCAACCUUCAAAUGUUCCUGUAAGGGAAACUACUGCAGUGCCCAUGCCUGAAAACACGGCAAUAACUGUUGCUGAAACAGAGUCCAUCCUUGAAACUACUAUAGCAGCCAUUUUGAAAACUACGGAAGUGCCCAGUACUGAAGUUGAUUCAGAGGACACAUUUGAAACAACCCCUAAGCCCAGUAUUGAAUAUGUUACCUCUUCUAUUUCCCAAACAUUAGAGGGUACUCGGCCUCAAACUCCAAUUCAGACCAGCCACCAUGUUAGUCGGGUGGUCCCUACACAAGCAACAACUCCAGAGACAUUUGCCUCCACACCCUUCAGCUCUGCAUCCCAAAAUGAGCAAAGCUCAACAAAGAGCACAGUAGAUGAUGUGACUUCCAAGUCAAAUCCAACCAAAACCCUCACGGUGGUCACUCCUUCCAUGAUUCCAGAAUCUGCCAAGACCAGUUUUUCAAAGCCAAGUUCAGACCUGAAGCCUACCUCCACUGUUGGUUCUACUGCAAGCAGUCCCACGCCUGUCCCCAUGACACAGGGUUUUGGGAUAGUAAUCAUCAUCAUAGCAUUGGUGGUCUGUAUGAGUGGGAUCAUCUUUAUGAGCAUGUUCUUCAACAAACGAAGGAAGAGGAGAUCUGAAAACUUCAGCUACAGCUUCAGGACUGGAGGGAGCAGUAAAUCCAAGAUGAAAAAAGGUACAGAUGAUGAUGCCUGGUUUGGGCCUGUGGCUUUGAAGGGAGAUGAGGCGGUGGAGGCAGGGGAGGAAGGGGGCAAUGAAGUGGAUGGAGAUGGUGAAGGGGUGCAGGUGGUACUAAGCACUUUUAUGGCAAAGGAAGAGGAGAAGGAUGGGGUGAAUGGGAGUUGUGUAGGGGCAAAGGAGGACAUUAAGAAGGAUGAGGAGGUACCCCUGUUGAUCACUGAUGAGGAUGUGGAAAAGGCAGUCAGUCAUUCACCUCCCCUGUCUUCUUCCCUUUCUCCUCCGCUCUCUGAGACUGCUGCAGGUGAGCAAAAUGGGAGUCCAGCUUUCUGUCUGACCUCUGCUGUUUGAGAGGGAGAAAUGCAUUUGUUGAUUCCUUACUAGUCCCUUUCAAAUUGAAUGUCUGAUCAGUUUAGCUAAAUUGUGAAAUGCAGUGAUUGCCUAUAAUGACAGUUGAGAAAGCAACACACAUGAAUUACAGGGGCCAGAUGUUAAAAAAGAAGAAUGACACGACAUUAUUUUUGCUAACCAAUGUACACAAUAUGAACAAAAGCACCUGGACCACCCCCCCCCCCCCCUCCCCUCCCCUCCCCCC